UGAAGAAGAAAAAAUUAAAGCAAAAGGCUGGAAUUCAAAGAAAGAGAUUAAAUGGUUAAAAUUAAAAGAGCUGCUCUUGCUGAGUGCUGACACAUUCACACCACCGCCCCAUAUCUAAUCUCUACUCCUAUAAUCAAGAAUGGCGGACUGGGGCCCAGUCCUGGUGGGAGUGGUGCUGUUCAUCCUGCUGCAGCCGGGGCUCCUCUUCCAGAUCCCGGGCAACAACCGCCACGUGGAGUUCGGCACCAUGAAGACCAACGGCAAGGCCAUCACCGUCCACACCCUCAUCUUCUUCGUCCUCUACGCCAUCCUCAUCCUCGCCGUUCAUAUCCACAUCUACACCGGCUAGAUCCCCUCUUUUUUUUCUCUCUCUCAGAAUACAAAGUGUUGUUAGCUGUUAAUGACUUUCUUGUUUAACUUUGCAGAUUAAUAAUUUAAGUUUUCAUCUUGUUUGAUAA